GGUAGAUCCAUAAAACCGCUUCUUUCUUUCGUGGGAUAGAUAAUAUAUUUGCGAACGUUGCCAACUUCAUAUAACUCUGACAGAUAGUUAUGGCGUUAUGGGGCUGUCAAUGACUUAACCACCACCAAUAUUUCAUCCCUUUGUAUAUCUAUUAUCUAUGAUUUCAUCUAUGACCAUGACAUACGACAUCUCUUAUCUAUGCCCGUAUAAAAUAAUUGCAUGGUUAAUAUUUUAUUAAAAAUUAACAAUUACUUUAGUCAGAAGUUUUUUGUUUUCCUUAGUUGUUUUUAUUAUAAGACUCGUAACUUUAAUACAUUUAAGUAUGCAAGAAGUACAAACUGGAAAAUCACAAUUUCGAAGCAAGUAUUAACCAAAACAUACGUAUUUACAACAGGAUUUAUUUUUAUAAAUUGUCUGUAGUUGUGAUAUCUGCGAUUUUAAAUCGACUGGAAGACAAAGAUCCUAUAGUAACAAAUGCAGCUAUUACUUCUUUGCGUAGAUUAUCCAAAAUACAUUCCAAUAAAAUUAUUUUUGAGUGUUGUGCUUUCUGUAACGAGACCAAAUUAAAAAAGUCGCACCUUUUGCAAGUAAUGAGUAUUAUAAAAUAUGUUACACAGGAACAUAUGACUCACAUUGAUGGUGAUGGAGUCAUUCUUCUGGUGAACUUUUGCAUGAAUCAAAUAACAGAACAAGAUGAAGAUGCCCAAAAAACUGCCUCAGAAGUAUUGGUAGAAGUUGGGAAACGACACCCUGUACAGAUUAUUGAGGUAUUAACAAAAAGUUUGGAAGAUUUGUGCAAGGAUAUAUCAGAAAAUUCUACCAAUGUACUGCAUUCAGUUAUUCUCGUUACAUUAGGUUCAUUGGCAGCAGCAAAUCCAUAUGCUGUGGUUCCGCAUAUGAAACAAAUGUUUACAUUAUUGCUACCUCUUUUAGGAAUAACAAGAAAUGAGACAUACAAUGCAUUAGCAUAUGCUAUGGGGCAUUUUGGAGAUGCUGUACAGGAAUACCUACUGAAUGGGGAUAAAGUGCCUGAUCCUACUAUAAGUAAGGAAUGCUUUCAAAUGGAAAUUAAUGUUAUAGUUGACAGUUUGAUAGCUCAUUUACCAAAUGUAAGGGACCCAAAGGAACAUUUACUAGCUUUAGCAUCUAUUUUGCCUAUUGCAAGUGGAGGAAAUGCUUACCAAUACAUGCAGAAAUUAUUACCUUUGGUCUUAAUUGUAUGCAAGAAACAAAAAGAAUUGUUUGCAGCUGUGCAGUGUUUGAGCUCCAUCAUUGAAAUAUUAUUACCAACUAAUGGGUUUAUUUUAGAACCACAUUUGAAUUCUUUAAUUGGGGUGUUGGUUGAUUUAGUGCAACCUGAACAGGAUUAUGCUCAACCUCAAUUAGUUCGUGCACACAAUGAAGCUUUAAGAUGUUAUGAAAAUCUGAGCAAACAUUUUACUGAUUGUUGUGUAGAUCAUUUGUUUAAGUUGUUGAAAUACCCAACUAAUGAUAAAAAUAGAUUGAAGUCAUUAAUAAUAUUCAACCAUAUUAUUAAUUCAGUUGACACUGUGAAGAAUAAAAUAGGUAACUUACUACAGAUUUUAAACGAUUUCCUGGAUAAUUCCAGCAUAGCAGUGAAAAAAAUGCUCCUUCGUACCAUAGUUACUUUAUCCUGCAAGAAUUUAUUACCAAAGGAUGCUCAGUUGCAUUAUUGUAACUUCAUGUUGCGCAUGUGUGAUUGUUUCACACAUGAAAAGUUGACAGCCAGUCAAGAAAUAAACUCUUUGAAAGAAACUGCACAGAACACACUAUACUUGUUGAGUACAACCUUUCCUCAGUUAAGCGAUACACUUGGUAGCAUACUAUUAGAAAGUAUGUUGCAAGGAAAUGAGCAUCCAAUAAUACUUCGUUGCUUGGUGCCACUAGCUUCUUUCAAAACUGAAUUUUGGGAAACUCCCAAUAUUAAAGUCAUAGUUCGUUGCCUUAUAAUUUUAGGUAAACCAUUUCCAGUAGCAAGAAGUCAAAAUGCCUUGAGGUUUCUUCAGUUUAUUCGCCCUUGUGAAUCAGAUUUUUACAAGGUCGUUUGGGAUCAUCAAAUUCCUCAGAUGAUAAAAUAUUUAGAACAAAGCCAACAUAUUUUUAAUGAAGCUGAUUGGUUAGAUCAUAUAACCAACUUUUUGUCAAUGUGCUUGGAAGCAGUACAAGACGAAGAAUUUACAAACUCUGUGGUUUAUGCCAUAAAAACGGAAUUAGACAACAAUCCUAAAGAUGACGUGGAAUUAUUACUAAGAUUACUUGCUGUAACUACUUGCCAUUUAAAAAACGAUCAACAGGUUUCAUCCAAUUUGAAAAGCAUUUUAAAAGUUGUCCCACCUUACAAUUCUUCAAGAUUGGAUGCGUGUGCUAAAGCAUUAGGAAUUUCUUCAAGGAUUCACUGGAAGUCAGUGAUGGAAGAAUUACAACUUAUUCGAAAAGAUUUAUUGCAUAAAGGCCACGGUACAAUAAUGGGGAUUGUCAGUGGACAUCACAGAAAUGACAGCUCUUCAAGCAAGAUACGGAUUUUAUUACUCACAGCUUACAGUGAAAUAUGUGGUAAUCCAGUUUCUCCAUUGCUACAAGUAAUUGAAAAGGACAUAUUAGAUUUUGCAGUUACAGAAUUGGCUAACUGUAAGGAUGUGACGGUGCGUUCUUGUUGUUUAACUGCAAUUCAAUCAGUGGCCGAAGCAAUGCAUCCUGAUAGAAACAAUCUUCAUGUUAGAAUGCGAAACAAAAAUUUAGUCAUACAAAAUGUCUCAAGUCAAUUACAGUUACAUUGUGGACCGGAAUUUGUACAACUUUUUCCACAAAUUCUUUCUGUAUUAACGGCCUUGAUAAAACUACCGCCUGGUUUAGAUAUAGAACAAAGAGUUCAACUCCUUGAUUGUUCUGUUUCUACCAUUUUGAAGGCGUCUGGUGUAUACUGCAAAAUAAGUGAAGAUAAAACAAACUAUGGGGAUUUAAAACUGGCUUGUUUCGUUUAUAAUAGUUUCACACCUUUAAAUCUCUUAGUUCAAGAAAUAUUUUUACAAAAUCCUGACCAUUCAACUUUAGAUGAAUUGGUGAUGCUUAUCAAACCUUGGUUGAGUCGGAAAAAACCAGAGCAGCGCUUGCCUGCCUUGGAAAUUUUGCAGAGUGCUCUGUUUACAUACUUAGAAAAUUGUCAGUUUGUUUAUGUCUCAGGCUGCUUAAGUCAUUGCGGGGAACUUGUAGCAGGUUUAAUUCCACGUUGUCUCGAUGUAAAUAAAAAUAUCAGAUCGGUUGCACUCCAAUCAGUAAAAUUAUCUCUUUGUAUAGCUGCUCGCCAUGAUGGACAUGCUAAAGAACAUGAAAAAAUUGUUAGUCAGAAACUCAAAAACUCAUUGGACAAUAUACGCACAGAUGAGUCUUCAUUAUUAUGUAAUUUAAUGAUAGACAUUGCAUCUGCUGCUCUAAAUUAUGUACCAAGAGCUCAGAUUCCUCAACUUAUAUUGGGACUUAUCGAUUGCCUUGUCGAUACUGAAUUGCAGA